AUGAAGCGAUGGCCUUUUGCCAAUGGUGGAGAUAUUGGUCCGACUAUGUCCAUCCCUCAUGCUUCAAAGGGCCAAGAUGCCCUCGUCGGAUGCAGAUCUUCAGGAGGAGAUAUAAGUAAUGUUGAUGUUCGUGAACACACAGUUACUGGGGUGAAUCAUCAUAGGCAAUCUACUUUAUUUGGUUGCGCAUUGCUUGCUGAUGAACAAGAAGAAACAUUUGUUUGGUUGUUUCAGGAAUGGUUAAACUGCAUGCAUGGAAUUGAACCGGGUGCUAUCAUCACAGACCAAGACCGAGCAAUGUGCAAUGCCAUUCAUAAAGUCUUUCCACACACAAGGCAUCGUUAUUGUUAUUGGCAUCUGCAGCGACAUAUUGCCGAUCAUUUGCAUACUUUGAAUUCUGUUUAUGGUGAAGAAUUUCAAAAAUAUUGGGACUUGUGGUGUAAUAGUAGUAACAUUGAGAACUGUAAUUUGCAUUGGCUCGAGAUGAAGGAGAAGUUUAAGCUAAUAGAAGAAGAAGAUGGAUGGCUGCAAACUAUGUACAUGUAUCGAGAUCAUUGGGUUCCAUGCUUCUUAAAAGGCAUUUUUUUUGCAGGAAUGAGAUCAACUCAAAGGAGUGAAAGCAUCAACUCAUUCUUUGAUGGAUAUGUGAAUUCACAAACACAGUUAAAAGAAUUAGUAACUCAAUAUGAAAAGGUCGUGACACAUCGACGAUUGAGUGAAGCACAUGAAGAUUUUAGAACUCUUAAUACAAAACCGCAGUUUCACCUUGGGCAUCCAAUUGAAAGACAAGCUGGAAGUAGUUAUACCCGCACUAUGUUUCAUGUAUUUCAGAAUGAGAUCAAAGGGUGUGGUGUUCUUGGCCUUCAAGAGGUGACUAAAGAAGAAAAGUUUGUUUUAUGGCGAGUUGGUGACUUAGAUGAAAGCAAUGAAAAGUGGAGGUUUGUUACUUAUGAUGAAUGUAGAGAAUUACAGUAUAGCUGCAGCUGUGGUAUGUUUGAGAAUAGUGGUGUUUUAUGCAAACAUAUAUUGUACACUCUAAUGUUCAACAGACAAUGUUGUUCAUUGCCCAGUGUAUAUAUUGUACACCGUUGGACUAUAGAUGCUCGACAUCGUAACAUAGGAGUUAGUAAUGUUGUGUUUGGCAAAAACAUUGCAGGCGGUGUAGAAAAAAUAAAUCUGUUGAAAACUUGGGCUUUGAAAGCAAAAACCAACAAUGCACUGGAGCUUGCCUUUGAGUCAGAUAAGAGAAUGCAUGAGCUUGAUUCUUUGUUAACAAGUUUCAUAGAGAGGGUUGAAGAAGAAGUCAGAGGGUGUCAAGCAAUAGAUGCUGGUAGCAGCCACAUUCCGGACUCGGAUAUUCCACAGAUACCUACUUCAGAUACAAUCCAACAUAUUCCACAAAUUACAGUUCGUGACCCGGAAAAGCAAGCAAGAACCAAAGGACUAGCUGUACAGUUAACAAGCCCAGCGAAACAGACAAACAAGACUAACAAAGUUUAUGGCGAUCACUUUUUAAGGAUUGGUGAGGAAACUUCAUUUUGCCUUUGA